AUCGUCGUGAUCGUCGUGAUCGUCACCGUCAUCGCGAAGUUUGCAAAUUUUAAUACAUAUAUCAAUUUAAAAGGACUUAAAAACCAUUUUUAAGUAAAAGAAAUAUAUUCACGGAGGGAAUCAAUUGGUGUGUGGUCUUUAUCGAAAGGCCCUAAAACAGGGUUUCUCUUACAAAGAGAACACUGAUACAUCCUGAUUGUCACUUGAUAGCAUCCGAGGCGCCAAACUUGUCCGCAUCGGCGCUUUCUCCAGACCAAGUAGUAUCAAUGUUGUCUGGCAAUGGUGUGUAAGGAGAACGUGGUAUCAUGGUUUGCGAAUCUGUCCAGUUAUAAACGUAUAGAUGUCAUGUGCACGUUGCUAAAUAUGUGCUUGCCAUUUGAAGUACGAUACCUUGGCACAUGUGUCGAGGAUAUUGGAAAGCGAGAAUACAAUGAUCUACGUGAUAGUGAGCAUCGUGCAAACAACGUCACAGAUCUCACGGAACUGACAAGCCUUGAUGUCAUGGAAAAGCGCGCAAGAAGAAAACUUGCUCUCUAUGUGGCACUGUUGCAUUCUUGCAAUUAUGCAUGUGCAGUGAUCUUAUACAAGAACCUGUCCAACUUAGAUAAUCAAGAGAUUUCUAAUAUUAUCAAUGGGGCCGCUAAUACAUCGGAUGAUCAACCUCUGGAAGAAUUACUCUUACUUUAUACAAUGGCGUUAAAUCAUCCAGCCUUUACAUAUGAACAGAAGAGUGUCAUUGGUAACAUUUUCAUGAAACUUCAAGAAGAGGAAACACGGUUUAAUCUUUCUAAGCCUGUCACUUCUGGCAAACCUGUACAGAGCUGUACGCCGUGCAUUAACACGAAUGAUAGAUUAGUGGAUCCUGAAGUGCAAAAUAGUUGCUUGAUGCCGCCACCACAAAUGCAAACUUAUCAUGGAGACAUGUCAAUGAGAAAUAAUCCAAUGAUGAGCGGAAUACCGCCUGGUCUUUCUAUGCCUCCACCUGGCUUAUGUUUACCUACACCUGAACAAAUGUCGAUAGGUUCUGGUGGCACGACGCAAUAUCUUCAUCUUGGUUUUCCGUCAGUUAAUCAUUUACCACCGUGGGCAGGUCAGGUUGUAAUGGGAAAUCAACUGAUGUAUCAUACCGGUGACAUGUUGGCUUAUCCACCUUCCCCUUUAGUCAGUCGUCAGUCUUCACCAUCCCAAUCUCGAUCUCCUAGUCGUAGUAAUUCUCCAAUGAGUAGAAGAAAUAAUGCAAUGCCUCGUACAUCUUCGCAAGUCACUCAGUCAACUUCUAAUACUUUAACAUCGACGAGUACCUGCAAUAGUCAGAUGAGUAUCUCUAGUUCCAAUGCCAGUUCCUCCUUCCCUUUAUUUUCUUCACUUGGCACCUCCAGAAGUCUUCCAGCACAAUCACCGUUACUUCCAUCGAGAUCUCUUCCUUUACCUAUUACUAGCACUACGACUUUCUCUAGACAUAACAGCAUAGACAACAAUCCUUGCACGUUAAUCUCAGCAACACAAUCAAAGCAACCACCACCACCACCUCCUCCACGAUUAAGGUCUUCAACAUCUGGAGAUACUUUAAGGGAGGCAUUAGGCAAAGAAAUAGCAAACCUUCCAAAAAUAGGAAACCUACAGGAUAUUUCUCUUGAUCAGAUGCGAAGAAUGAGUGACGAAGAUUUAAGAGAAAUUGGAUUAACUCCUAAUGCUGUAGGACAAUUGAGGAGUAUAAUUAAAAGUCAAACUACUAAUGGAUUGAAUCAAAUUACUGCGGAUAAGAAACUAGAUAAUACUAAUAAUUCUGGAAAUACGAUGGGAGAUUCUAUGGAAAAUGAGGGUAUGCCAGGGGUUGAUAUGAUCAAUGAUGGUGGAAAUCAAGGUCCCAAAUCGAUGUUGAUGCAGGAACAACAACAUCCAGCAAUGCAUCACCAUCACAAUCAUGCUGCUACUCAUAAUUUAAGACGUUACCCUGCUAUGCCACCAUUGGAUCCUACGCAGAUUCAAAUGUAUCCUGCCCCAGCUCCAGUUUACACAGCUCAAAAUGCACCAUGUUAUGCCUGCCUCACUGUACCCGUUGCUGGUGUACAAAAUCGAUAUUCAAGAUGCAACGCUCAACACGUUUAUUGUUUAGCUCAGCUGCAAGCUUUAAGAUUGGACCAUGAUAGCAGCCGACAUUGCUCGCAGAGCAGUAGUUCUGACAGUUCCGGUAGUAGAUCGCCACCUGAAACACCUCCAGCAGCUCCAUGGGUUGGAGGAAAUGAGAGUAAUACGGUACCGGUAACAGAUCAUCUUGGUUCUGUUCCUAUGCAUUCUACAGGUGGUACAUCUCACCCAACACCUCAACAGCAACAACAACAACAACAACAACAACAACAACAACAGCAGCAACAACAACAACAACAACAACAACAACAACAACAAUCGAUGCAACCGCCGGAAAGACAACGCAGUAGAAAGAAUCAGGCACAUAUGAUGCGUCAUAAAAAUCAAAUGGUGAACGGUGGGGGACCUCCAAGUUUACCUCAUUGCGUUUCCUUUCCUACACCACCUCCUCAUUCACAAGUCACGUAUCUACCCCAUGGGCACUUUUCUACAUUGAGGCCAAGUAGUGGUAUCUACUCUAACUACUCGCAUGGUCCUUAUGCAAGGCCAGCUUACCCAAGCACAUACCAGCCAAAUGGCGAAAUGAUGUAUCAGUUUCCUGGACAUCCAGCUUCAGGAGGAACGCCGCCACCACCACCCAAUGCUGCAGGAACACCUGCUCCGUACAUGCCACCUACGCCCGUUGUCACUUACGCACCAGCUGCUGUUCAACCUCCUAAAGUAUCCUGCUAUAAUUGUGGGAGCAGUAAUCAUAUCGCGAUAGAUUGUAAAGAUCAGACUAUGGAGGACCUUACGAAGAAAGCUCAAUAUCGGUUAGAUUAUACGAUAAUGAAACAGCCUGGGGAUUGUUCGAAUUCUGACAAGUGAUCCCCUGCCGCGGACCAUUAUCCUGCUAUCUUUCAUUGUCAUCGUUAUCAUCAUCAUCAAUUAUACCAUAGCGAAUAUCGGAGGCGUUAUUAUUAUCAUCAUUGCCAUUAUUACAACGAUCCUGCUUUUACGAGGCAGAUUAAGGAUCGAUUAAAUGACGACUGCUACAACUCUCCGUGCAAGUUUUCAGUGAUUUUUCUAGACAUCCUCUGUAUCAAAGCCGAUGAAUUUUUAACUGAGGACAUUUCGCGAUUCACGGUACCAGGUAUACUCUUUACAAGUUCUUAUUUAUGAUAGUGAUUAUUCUUAAAGAAAAAGAAAACAAAAGAAAAACAAACAAAAUAAAAAAAAAAACAAACAAACAAAUGUGCGAUUGUAAAAUAUACACAAAGCAUGUACAAAAGGAAAGAAAAAGAAAAAAAAAAGAAGUAUAAUGCAAAAAUGCCAUAUUCUUAUCUGUGUUGUUAAUAGGAUACGUUUUCAGAUGUUUUGUGUUAGGUAUUGAGUCGAGUAUUUCCAACCGUACCUAUCAGCUACUUACCCUUAACUUACCUAUCUCUCCUCCCUUUUUCUCUCGUGAUUAGUAAUAAGAGAUAUACACAAUGAAAAUCAUUCAAAAAUAGCGUUGUGCUCUGAUUAGAUAAAAUAAUCGUGUUUGACUCUAUAUUCGUACUUUUACUUCUACUACCCUGAAUCUACUAUUACUAUUACUACUAUAUCAACACAUUAAAAUUAUUCU